AUUCAUCAAACGGACUCACAGCUCGCAGCACCUGCAGGACAUUGAGAACCAGCCAGCUAACCAACCAACCAACCGGCGGAGCCAAAGCCAAGAAGGAAGGCAACGUGCCCAUCCAGUCAGGAUGUGCAACUCCAACGUCAAGUCCGCGGGGGUGGCCCAGAUCGACGGCCGCCCGGUGCUGCAGCCGGCGGGCAACCGCGUGGCGGCGCCGGAGCCGGACGCCUCCCGCCCGCUCAAGAAGUCCCUCCAGAAGUCGCUCUCCAUGCCGGUCUACUACGACAGCAACGCCACCGCGGGCGCCCGUCCUGCGCCGGCCGAGAACACCACCCGUGCCGCGGCUAAUUCGUCUCCGCUGCCUCCCGCGAAGGCGGCGACGAAGGCAGCGGGCGCUUUCCCCGCGGAGAAGAGCGGCAGGUCCAAGGCGGCCAGGAGGCCAGGCGCCGUGCCGCCGCCGGUGGUGGCGUUCGCGGCGCUGGAGGCGUUGGAGCCGGCGGGGAGCAUCGCCGCGGCGCAGCGGGAGCACGCCGCGCAGGCGCAGGCGCAGCGCAAGCUGCGGAUCGCGCACUACGGCCGCACCGCGUCCUUCUCCCGGGUGGAGGGGCGAGUAGUCGGCGCCGCGGCCGCGGCCGCCGAGCGGGCCGUCCCCGCCUCCCCCACCGGGCACGACGAGAAGCGCUGCAGCUUCAUCACGCCCUACUCAGACCCCCUGUAUGUCGCGUAUCACGACGAGGAGUGGGGAGUGCCCGUGCACGACGACGAGUUGCUAUUCGAGAUGCUCACACUGUCUGGCGUGCAAGUCGGGGCCGACUGGACUUCCAUCCUCAAGAAAAGACACGUCUACAGGGAGGCGUUCUCCGGCUUCAACGUGGAUGCGGUCGCCAAGUACACCGAGAAGCAGAUGGCGUCGCUGAGCGCCGACUACGGGCUGGAUUUGGGCACCGUCAGAGGAACCGUCAACAACGCCUGCCGGAUUAUCGAGGUGCGGAGGGACUUGGGCUCGCUGGACAGGUACGUGUGGGCGUUCGUGAACAACAGGCCGCUGUCGCCGAGCUACAAGUACAGCCGGAAGAUCCCGGCGAAGACGUCCAAGUCGGAGUGCAUCAGCAAGGACAUGGUCCGGCGCAGGUUCCGCUUCGUCGGCCCCACCGUCGUCCACUCCUUCAUGCAGGCGGUCGGCCUCACCAACGACCACCUCGUCUCGUGCCCGCGCCACCGCGCCUGCUCCGCCGCCGCCGUUAACUGAUUCUGCUGACCACCGUCCACCGAUCGAGAGCCAGACGUAAGGAAGAAGAGAGACCUUUAUAUAUAAGGACACGUACAAUACAACCGAGAAAAAAGAGAAAGGUAGUAGCCUCUAGUAGCACUAGAAGUAGUACGUAGUAUACGGAAGGGAGAGUGCUGGUUUGCAAUUGUGUGUACGUACGAGUACGAUGAUCGAGUGUGCUUGUGUAGAUUGAUUACGCCCCCACCCCUAAUUAGUCAAUGAAUGAGCUUGCUUGCUGCGACUUCCGCCUGCACACUGCAGUGUGCAGUCAUUGUUCGCGUGAGGCGG